AUGGCAGUGAACGUCCCAGGAGUGAUAGUGAUGGUACUUUUCUACCUGCUGGUCCUUGGUACCGGUAUCUGGGCCUCUUUCAAGUCCAGGAGGGAACAGAGGAAAAGUGGAGCCAGUAAAGUGGACAUGGCUCUGCUGGGAAACAGGAACAUCAGCUGCAUGAUGGGGGUCUUCACACUGACAGCUACAUUGGUUGGAGGAGGCACACUUGUCGGCACAGCUGAGAUUGUGUACACGCCAUCUAUGGGACUAAUAAGAGUAGCCACCAUCGAUGUUGCAUACAGCAUGGCUUUUAUUAUAUGUGGUCUGCUGUUCACCAAGCCACUGAGAGAAAAGAACUGUGUGACAGUGCUGGAUCCUUUUCAUGCCAAGUACGGAAAGGUGCUAACAGGUGGAAUGUGCUUGAUGACAGUUUUGCUUGAUAUAUUGUGGAUUCCCAUCGCAUUUAUUGGUUUGGGAGGAACCAUGAGUGUGAUCAUGGACCUGUCCUACAAUGUGUGCGUGUGGAUUUCUUCUGCCAUCGUAAUCAUCUACACACUGUUUGGAGGCCUCUACUCUGUGGCCUACACAGAUAUCAUACAGCUUGUUCUUAUAUUCAUUAGUAUGUGGCUCUGCGUUCCCUUUGUUUUGACAAACCCAAACUGCUUGGACAUUAGCAACACUCUGAUGAACAACACCUUACACGGUCCCUGGCUUGGUUUACCAGAACCAAAAGAUACCUGGAUCAUGAUUGAUGAUUUCUUAUUCUUCAUGAUGUCGUGUCUUGCAUAUCAGAGUAUCUACCAGAGGAUGUUAUCAGCUUCUUCCUUAAACACUGCUAAGGUCACUAGUUUGAUCUCUGCUUUCAUCUUACCUGUGUUUUCAAUACCACCUGCACUGAUUGGAGCAGCUGCUGCGUCUACAGACUGGAACCUGACGUCCUAUGGUUCCCCAUCUCCAUAUGAACGUGGAGAAGCAGCUAUAGUCCUACCCAUCACCUUGCAGCACCUUACCCCGUCCUUCAUCUCCAUUAUUGGAAUUGGAUCUGUGGCUGCUGCUGUGAUGUCAACAGCGGAUUCUAUUCUGAUUUCUGCAGCUUCUAUCGUCAGCGUCAACCUUUACAAGAAUAUCCUGAGGCCACAGGCAUCAGACACAGACAUUCAGUGGGUGAUUCGUGUCACUAUCUUGGUUGUUGGCCUGGUUGGUACAUUACUAUCCCAGGCAAAGGAGAGUAUUCUGUUGUUCUGGUUCCUUUCUAGUGAAGUGGCCUACAUCUUAGUCUUCCCUCAAGUGGUCUGCGUCAUCUUCUUCAAUAUCUCCAAUGGUUACGGAGCUAUUAUGGGCUUUGUGGUGGGAUUGGUGCUGAGGUUGCUCAGUGGCAUCCCAUUAAUAGGACUUCCAGUUGUCCUCCACUUCCCAGGAUGUGUUCUUGAGGACGGUGUUUAUGUCCAGUAUGCUCCAGUGAAGACCAUCUCCAUGCUGUUGGCCACUGCUGCCAUCAUCUUGUUCUCCUACCUGACGUCUGUGCUCUUCAACAAAGGCCUGCUUCCUGAGAAGUGUGACAUUUUAAAAGUGAAAGGUCAACACUCACCACAACAGCUAACUCCAGGACAUGGUGACAAUGAAGGCCAUGAGAAUGAGACAUUGACUGAAAGCUGUUCUCAAAAGACAGAGGCCUUAGAACCGGCAAUGAACACAGAGUGUUAGUGUCUGACAGUUCACACGUACAUAAGUUCCGACUUAAUAUGUUUAUUAUUAUUAUUGUUUGUUUCAUAUAAAACUGUUCAGACGCUCAAAUAAAUAUUCACAGGUCGAAGAAGGCUGUUCUCGAAA